AUAUGAGGUCCAUCUCCACCUAGGUCAGCUGACGCUGAUCCCCUACAGGGGCGGAGACCCCGCUGACGGCGAGGUGACGUCCACGGUGCCCGUUUCCAUCGUGGUUCACCUGUCAGACGGCGACACCACGUGCAGAAACCCCCCGGCUCGGACACUUUCACCCUGAUCACCCACAAAAACGAGUACCAGUUCCGGGUGCCUGGAGCGGAUGAAGGAUCUCCCCCUGAGGCUGUCCAGAGGGAGCGAGACGCUUGGGUCCAGGCCAUUGACAAACUGUGUUCAGACUGGAAGAGAAAGUCAAAGGUCAAACACACGUUGGUGGACACAAAGGGUCCACGACGUCUCAGCAUGGCCGAAGACACAGAGGACACUGACAAAGAUCUUGAGUCAAGCGGUGGAAUGGGUGAAGUGAAUUAUCCUCCAGUUGAUUAUAAAAACCCCACUUCUGGCGGUGGAGACAAUUUAUCAGCCGGGGACACGAGUCAAAGUCCCCCCUCAGCCAGUUUUGUAAAGCCUGUUCCCAAACCUCGCAGCAUGAAGAACAGGGCAGUUAUCAAGCCAGAUGUUUUGCCUCCCAUGCCAUCACCUGGUGUCGUUGCCGUAUCUUCUCCCACCUCACCCCAACCCUCACCCUCCAACACCGCCCUCACACCCUCACCCAAAGUCCCAGAGACUCCCAACCAGGAAUCAGGCUCCAUAGUUGUGCCUCCACCGCCAAUCAUCCCACCCCCACCACCUUUGGCCUUCAAAUUCCCGAUGCAGUUGGGAAAACCAUGCACCAAGGCUUUCCACUGGGACUUAAUUACCUCAGAGAAGAUUGCAAAAUCCUUUUGGAUGCAAGAAAGCACCAGGAGGAUUGAAAUCGACACAACGCGCUUAUAUGAGCAAUUUUCCGUUAAAGAUCUGGGGACGUUUGGUGCGCCUGAGCCGACCAACACGCAGCAUAUUAUGCUCAACCGGAAGAUUGCACACAACUUCAACAUUUUCCUCAAAAGUUUUCCUGUGAAACCGGGCGAGUUGAAGGACAAACUGUUCAUCGUUGAUGAGGAAGACGGAGGCCUGUCUGAUGAGCACAUCACCUCUCUGAGGAGGUACGUCCCCACGUUGGAUGAUGUGGAAAUGUACAAAUCCCACAAGGGACCUGUGACAGAGCUGCAUAUUGUGGAUCAGUACAUGAUGGAGAUGUGCAACAUCCCCUGCCUGAACGCACAGCUCGACCUGCUGCUGAUUCUGAGAGAGCUUCCGAUCAGCAUGAACGACCUGCAGCCUCUGAUUAACCAGAAGAUCAGAAUGUGCACGCAGCUGAACAACAGCAGGUCAUUCGUCUCUGUGCUGGAGUACCUCCUCGCCAUUGGCAAUUACCUCAACGAGAACGCCCGGAAGGAAAAGGCCAAGGGAUUCCGACUCUCCUCCUUAACUAAACUCUCCCAGCUCCGUGGGAGAGACAGGAAAUUCACCUUGGCCCAUGCCCUUGUGGAGCAGAUCAUGUUGCACGAACCGUGCCUGGCCACUUUUACUCAGGAGUUGGCAGAAUUUGAAACUGUCCCUGGAGCUUCCAUCAAAGGCCUGACCGCAGAAGUAGAUGUCCUGAAGAAUGAACUGCAGAAAGUCAUUCAGUACAGGAAAACCUCCAGGAAGAGAAACGCUGGGGUUCACCCAAACUUCUCCAAAGACCUGAAGAUGGCGAUUGAGAAAUACAACGCGGAUCUCUCUGCACUGACGAAGACGUGUGAGGAGAUGAAGAAACUCUACUCCGUCAUUCUGGUUAAAUUCGGCGAAAUGGCGGAUCAAGACUCUCAGGAACUGUUUGGGUUGAUCUGCCAGUUCAUCCACGACUUCAAGCGGGCCCAUGCUGAAAUCAUAUGAGUGUGAGACUGCAGCGAUGCUUAUUAAUCAGGUCUUAUUGUCUUAGUCACAGUUCAGAGUGAUUCCAAUACAAAAACAGGAUAUAACUGUUAAUACAGCAUCUGAUAUUGAAGAUUCAGUAAAAUGUUGCAUGGAUUUAUAUUAUCAAUAGCAGAUUGUAUAUUUUUCCUGUUGUACAGAUAUUAUAUUUUUUAAUGGGGUUUGGAUGCAAUUCAUUGUAUAGACCAUGAAGACACCAUGAAGUGUAUGCUCAAGCCAAUUCACUUGGAUAAAAGGAUGUCAGCGGAAAUUAUUUUGUGAAUAUAAAACCAAUCUACGUA